AUGAGCCCAGGAGGACCCAGGCAAAGGCGGCUGCCCGGAGGGCGAUGCGGGGAGAAGGACACGAGCGAAGACCCCGAGACGGGCCUGGAGGGCGGAGGGUCCCUCAGAAGACCCGGAAGGCCCCGAAGGAUCCAGGAGGGAGGAAAGAAAUUUCAGUGCCCGGAAUGCAAAAAAUCUUUCACAACAAAUGGACAUCUUAAAAGCCAUCUAAGCAUCCACACAGCAGAGAAGAAAUACGAAUGCCCGGAAUGCGAAAAAUCCUUCAAAACAAGUUCACUUCUUCAAAGGCACCUAAAGAUCCACUCAGGACAGAAACCUCACAAAUGCCUGGAGUGUGGAAAGAGGUUCAAUCUUCAAAGGCACCUAAGGAUCCGCUCAGGACAGAAACCUAAUAAAUGCCUGGAGUAUGGAAAGAGCAUCAGUAUGAGUGGAAACCUUCAUAGACAUCAAAAGGUCCAUUUGAAUAAAUGCCUGGAGAGUGGAGAGUCCUUUGAAAAACCCAGGGAUCCACAGAUGAUCCAGGAGGGAGGAAAGAAAUAUCAGUGCCCAGAAU